UGCCGGCGUAGAGCGUGGCGUAGCAGCGUAGCGGGAGGUUCGAGCGUACUACGAGAAUCGAGGUUGCGUAGUGAAGUGACUUUAACUUUUGUGGUGAACGCUUCAAGUGAAAAUUACGAGUAUGUACGUGAAAUUGUGAGUUAAUUGAAGGAUUAACACUGAGUUGUUUUAGUUCCCAUCUGUGAUUGUUACAUGAUACAAGAAGAAAAUCUACGAACGAUGCAGUGGUGGUUCAUCUAACACACAAUCCACAUGAGACAUCAUAGCUUGUGUUUGAAGCGCAAGGAAGGAAUGUGGGCAGGCGGUGCGCAGUGCGUGCAUGCUUCGCUGCCCCGCGGCGCACGCGCUCAGCCUGCGCCCACGCUCAGCGGCGCCAUCGCCAGCCGCCGCCCGCCCAGACCAUCUCCUCCAUCACCGACUUUGGUGGCUCAAAUCGACUCCUCAGUAGCGUGUCUUUGGUUGCUCACGCCGCUGUCAGCGGGCACCGCAGUCGUAGCAGUUUUGGUAGCAGUAUCAACUAACAACUGGCUUCACACACAGGAGAAUAUGCUCAACCCUUCGUACAACGGCACGGGCAGACAUGACCUAGUUGCCAAGCAAACCGUGUCCGGAUUAUGGAGGAUAUGCCACACAGAUCCUGGUAGCACUGUGUUCCGGUGUUUAGACAUCCCAUAUUUUCCAUUAUCACAAUGGCAGCCCGACCCGAGCGAUUCAACAAAUGCAAUACCAUAUGUGGUGACGCGGUCUGCAGCCCCGCUCCUCCUCGCCGUGUUCACUCAAGCAGUGGGGGCUCUGUGUUGCGUCUUGGGGCACUGCGUCAAAGGGCGACGAUUAUGCACGUUCAUUGCUGGAGUCUUGUUUAUAAUUUCUGGUUUAAUAAUGCUGACCGGAAUCGUCAUGUACAUAUCUGUAUUUAAAUCACAAGUGGGCCACAAGUUGCGCUAUAUGACAUAUUUUGAUACACCACGAAUGUCAUAUAGUUACGGCUAUUCGUUUGGACUCUACAUAAGCGGCUUUGUAGCAGCAGAGCUAGCUGGCACAUCAGCUAUUUUCCUGUUCCUACAAUGGUAUCAAAAGGAUUGGAUAACAGAGCUUACUGAGAAAGCAAAAGCUGAUUGUAGAGCGUGGGAUCGCGAAUACGCCUUCACAGAGUUUAGAGAGCGAGACUCCACGCUAUUAGAAAGGCGAAUGAUGAAAAGGGACACGUAUCCCCCUUCAGGGUCAUCAGCUGCAACGCCCCGUGAGCGACGACGUUUCGUGUUCGACGGGGACGAAAUGCCGCACUGUUCAAUACAUAAUAAAAAUAGGAGAAUAAAUUUAAGUUCAGCAUCACUGAAAGAUUUGUCGUCGUCAACGCUGUACGGGUUCCCGGCGGCGCCACGACCGACAGCCUGUGACAAUUACUUUGAGGAAUUCAAGGAAGUACCUCAAAGUGCGAAUACUUUAAGCGGGUUGAGGAGUGCAUCAAUAUUUCAGUCACAGGCGUCGGUGGCGAGCGGCCGCUUCUUGGACACUUCGGCUGUGGAGCCUCCACCUUCACGAGAGGAGGAGAUGGUGACGUUCGGUGCUGGCGCGAGAGGUGGCGAGGAACAAGCGCCGCCACGGCACGAUCGCGCUGUAGGCACCGACCCCUACCGUAGAACCACACCCGUCUGAUCCAAGAACUUGGGUUUUCCACCCUGAAUAUAAAGCAUAUCGAGAAGUGAUAAGUGACGAUUUUAAUCACGUGCUAUGUACUAAAUAGUUAGAGUUCGUACUUAGCCGGAUACAGUUAAGAAGUGUCUUUCGAAUUUAUGAACGUAUAUAGGUGCAUACGUGAAUUGUGUUAUGAAAUUUUUAAUUGUUAUAAUUCCUUAAAAAUAAACA